AUGCUUCUGAAGGGCUCUGAGUUUCUUCGUGUGUCCUGUGCCUUUGGUUUUCUUUCACUUGCUGUGCUGCUCAUUUGCUUUGGAUUGACUGCUAAGAGAGAUGUUCGUACGAACCGAGAGUCAUUAGCUAGAUUCUCCGAAACCAGCAAGUUUUCAGGAUGUUUCAAAAACGAUGUCGAUGACCAUCUUGUGGACAACAACACCAAAAUCGUCCUUAUGGUGAUAGACGCAUGGAGAUUGUCCUUUUUGGUAGAUUCUAACUCGCCAAUGUCGUUCCUACGCAGUUCCAUCAUAUCUGGACGAGGAGUUGGCUUUGUGGCAAGAGUACAAACUCCUACUGUCACCAUGCCACGAAUCAUGGUAUUAGCAUUAUCAACAUUAAAAAUGUAUGCUAGGAAAAGUAAUACUGGUCUUUUUUCUGUAGAGACUCACGGCUUGAAGCAGAACUUCAGAGAUUGA